AUGAAUCUGCUCCCUCCCGGGGGAGAGCGGAGGAGCAUUAAUACAUCUAUAAGCCAAAGAGGAAACUCUGGCUGGGGCAGUGCGCGGAGCUCCGGCUGCUGGUGGGGAGCGGCGGCCGGAACGGCAGCGCCGGUGGCGGCUACGGCGGGAGCAGCACAACGGACCAGAUACAAUAGAGGCCACAACAGAAGGGAGCCCGUGCUCCUCUCCCGUAAACACACUCCCCUCCACCGCCACCUCCCCCUCGGCAGCGCGCGCGGUGCUGCCGGGUGCCCGAGGCCGCUCGGACUGCUAUGUAACGGCGAGACUGCGGGAGGAAGGGGACCGGGGAGAAGAGGUCCGCCCGCGGGAGGCCGUGGGGGCCAAGUCUGCGGCCACUUCUGCACGCGCUUCCCUUAGCCCCCGCUUGCCCCUUCCUGCAGCCCAGCCGGCCCAGGUGUGCCUCGCCUCCUCGCGUGCCCGGCGACCAUGGUGACGGUGGAGGAGCUGCGGGAGAUGGACUGCAGCGUGCUCAAAAGGCUGAUGAACCGGGAGGAGAACGGCGGCGGCGCGGGCGGCAGCGGCGGCCACGGCACCCUGGGGCUGCUGAGCGGCGGCAAGUGCCUGCUGCUGGACUGCAGACCGUUCCUGGCGCACAGCGCGGGCUACAUCCGAGGCUCGGUCAACGUGCGCUGCAACACCAUCGUGCGGCGGCGGGCCAAGGGCUCUGUGAGCCUGGAGCAGAUCCUGCCCGCCGAGGAGGAGGUGCGCGCCCGCCUGCGCUCCGGUCUCUACUCGGCGGUCAUCGUCUACGACGAGCGCAGCCCGCGCGCCGAGAGCCUCCGCGAAGACAGCACCGUGUCGCUGGUAGUGCAGGCGCUGCGCCGCAACGCCGAGCGCACCGACAUCUGCCUGCUUAAAGGUGGCUAUGAGAGGUUUUCCUCCGAGUACCCAGAAUUCUGUUCCAAAACCAAGGCCCUGGCAGCCCUCCCACCGGCUGUGCCCCCCAGCGCUGCCGAAUCCUUGGACGUGAACUGCAGCUCCUGUGGAACCCCACUGCACGACCAGGGGGGUCCCGUGGAGAUCCUUCCCUUCCUCUACCUCGGCAGUGCGUACCACGCUGCCCGGAGGGACAUGCUGGAUGCCCUGGGGAUCUCGGCCCUGCUGAAUGUCUCCUCUGACUGCCCGAACCACUUUGAAGGACAUUAUCAGUACAAGUGCAUCCCGGUGGAAGACAACCACAAGGCGGACAUCAGCUCCUGGUUCAUGGAGGCCAUCGAGUACAUCGAUGCGGUGAAGGACCGCCGCGGCCGGGUGCUGGUUCACUGCCAGGCGGGCAUCUCGCGCUCGGCCACUAUCUGCCUGGCCUACCUGAUGAUGAAGAAGCGCGUGAGGCUGGAGGAGGCCUUUGAGUUCGUCAAGCAGCGGCGGAGCAUCAUCUCGCCCAACUUCAGCUUCAUGGGGCAGCUGCUGCAGUUCGAGUCGCAGGUGCUGGCCACGUCCUGCGCCGUGGAGGCCGCCAGCCCCUCCGGGCCCCUGCGGGAGCGGGGCAAGGCCACCCCCACCCCCACGUCGCAGUUUGUCUUCAGCUUCCCGGUGUCGGUGGGCGUGCACGCGGCCCCCAGCAGCCUUCCGUACCUGCACAGCCCCAUCACCACCUCCCCCAGCUGCUAGGGCCGCGGGGAGCCCUGACCCGAGCCCGAGCCCGGCCGCCGGCUCUCCGCGGG